CCUUUAUUCCGUUCUAAUAUUUAAAGGCCUUAACAGAUGUGGACUGUCACUUAAGGUGAAACCUUUGCAAUAUGACAGAUGUGAAUUUAAAAAAAAUCUGAAUUUAAAAAACACAUCUAUAAUCAGAUAGAAAGGGGGAAUUUCUAACUUUUCUGACAUCUGACAUCUUUUCAUUUUGGAUUGAAAGGCAGACAAGAUGGGUGUCGGACGGAACAUAUCAAUUUUCCUGAUUCUAAUAGUUGCUAUGGAUGUGGCAACGAGACGAGCAGCUGCACAAGCUGCUACAAAUGCUCCAACAACGACAACAGCAACAAUGGUAACAACUACACCUGCUCCAACAACUACAACUGCCUCAACAACAACCCAUGCUCAGACAACGACAACUGCGGCAACAACUACACCUGCUCCAACAACAACGACAACUGCCACAACAACAAUACCUGAUCCAAAAACAUCGACAGCGACAACAACAACACCUGCUCCAACAACAACGACUGCGGCAACAACUACACCUGCUCCGACAACAACGACAACUGCCUCAACAACUACACCUGCUCCAACAACAACGACUGCUUCAACAACAACAACUGCUCCGACAACGACAACUGCGGCAACAACUACACCUGCUCCAACAACAACGACUGCGGCAACAACAACACCUGCUCCGACAACGACAACUGCCUCAACAACAACACCUGCUCCAACAACCACGACAGCGACAACAACAACACCUGCUCCAACAACAACGACUGCGGCAACAACUACACCUGCUCCAACAACAACGAAAAAUGCGGCAACAACUGCACCUGCUCCGACAACAACGACAACUGCCUCAACAACUACAACUGCUCCAACAACAACGACUGCGGCAACAACAACACCUGCUCCGACAACGACAACUGCGGCAACAACAACACCUGCUCCGACAACAACAACAGCAGCAACAACUACACCUGCUCCAACAACAACAACAGCAACAACAACUACACCUGCUACAACAACUGAAGCAACAACUACACGUUCUCCGACAACAACGACAGCAGCAACAACAACAACUUCUGCUCCAACAACAACAACUACAGCAACAACUACACCUACUCCAACAACAAGUAUGUCAACAACGACAACUACAGCAACAACUACACCUCCUCCAACAACAAGUGUGGCAACAACAACGACAGCAGCAACAACUACUUCUGCUCUGACAAUGACAACGACAGCAACAACUACACCUGCUCCAACAACAACAACAGCAGCAACAACAACACCUGCUCCAACAACAACGACAGCAGCAACAACUACUUCUGCUCUGACAAUGACAACGACAGCAACAACUACACCUGCUCCAACAACAACAACUGCAUCAACAACUACACCUUCUCCAACGACAACGACUGCUACAACAACUACACCUGCUCCAACAACUACAACUACAGCAACAACAACACCUGCUCCAAGAACUACACCUGCUCCGACAACAACGACAGCAGCAACAACUGCACCUGCUCAAACGACAACAACACCUGCUCAAACAACGACAACUGCAACAACAACGACAACUAUAGCAACAACGACACCUGCUCCAACAACAACUACAGCAGCAACCACUACACCUGCUCCAACAACAACAACUACAGCAACAACUACACCUGCUCCAAAAACAACAAGUUUGGCAACAACAACAACAGCAGCAACAACUACUUCUGCUCUGACAACGACAACAACAGCAGCAACAACAACACCUGUUCCAACAACGACGACUUCAGCAACAACAACACCUGCUCCAACAACAACGACAGCAACAACAACUACAACUGAUCCAACAACAGCAUCAACAACUACACCUGUUCCAACAACAACAACUACACUUGCACCGACAACAACGACAGCAGCAACAACUACACCUGCUCCGACGACAACGACUGCAGCAACAACAACGACAGCAGCAAAAACUACACCUGCUCAAACAACGACAACUGCGGCAACAACGACACCUGCUCCAACAACAACGACAGCAGCAACAACUACUUCUGCUCUGACAACGACAACUGCAGUUGUUCCUGCACCUUUGUAUGCUAUCUCAAUAAACUUGCAAGCAGAACCUUUUUCAGCUGACCUUCUUGACACCACCAACAUUCGAUUCAAAAAUCUUAAAAAACGAGUUGAAGACACGUGCAAUAUCAUAUACAAACGAAAAUUUGGUGAUCAGUUUGACCGGUGCAUUUUGAAACAGUUCAGGCCUGUUCCACCCUCAACUCGAGUGGAUGGAACUCAAGCAGAUCUGGAUGUUUUGUUUACUCGGACUACUCCCACUGCAGAUCUCCCACUGAAUAGCGUUGUUGCUCAAACCUUAGUAGAAGCUGUGAAUAAUUCUACCAAUAACUUCAGUGUGAGCAUAAAUCCCAACACAGUCCAAGUACUAGCUGGUCCAGUUCCAGAGCCAGCUACAAUUUCUGCACCUACAACUACCACACCUAUAACUGUAGCAUUCAUAAUAACAAGGGUGACGUUCCGAUCUGUUCUAAGCACAUUUACAAGGGACUUGCUGAAUCCAUCAUCUGCAGCUUUCAGAAAUCGAGCUUCAAUGAUAAAGACACAGCUUGAACCUGUUUUCCAAAGGGCAUUCCCUUCCUCCUUCAACUCCUUGGACGUGGUGACAUUCAGAAAUGGCUCAGUAAUCAACGAGAUGAACCUUCGUUUUGCAAGCACAAAUGUUCCUAAUAUCACUCCUAUUGCAAGUGUUUUGAUCAGUGCAGCUUCAAACAUCACUGGCUUUGACAUUGAAGGCAACUCCAUCAACGUGAAUGGCUUAUCUUCAAGUGGAGUACGCCACAAGAUCAGUCUCCUCACUGCAUCCUGCCUGGUACUGUUGUCAUGGCUACUGUCAAGCCAGCAAUAGCAUCAGUGCUGAUUUCCAUUUGAAUUGCUAUCAGAACAUGACUGCCAUCACUGGUAUGAAAAAGGACUAGAAUUGAACACGUUUCUGUGUGGGAACGUCCAGGAUCCUGGGCCGGGCAGCAUGACACAGCCAGCUUUAAGCACCUGGUCCAUUUAAUCAUCACUAGAAUAAUAAGCCAAACAAUAUAACGACACUUUGUAUUAAGCCCUGGGAUGUCAGAAAAUAAUUGCAAUAUUUCACUAUUAAUGUAAAAUGUAACGUAUAAAUGCAUGUUGCUUCUCUGAAUACUACGCUAUAACAAUAUUUAACUUAGUUGCUAACAUAGCAGCAUAACAUAGUAUAGCAACAUAAUAGCUCUGCAGAGAGCAUAUUGUAAAGGGAACAAGUCUUAAAAAUUGAAUGAAGGAACACAUGCAGCUCGUGAUGGGCUGCACAUCUCAACCCUGAACCAAUACAUAAAAUUUUAUCAAAGGUCAUGGUAUAUGAUAUAUAAACAAUGUACUGUCAGUUUCCUUAUUAAUAUAAAAUAUAUUUAUGUAAUCAUGCAUAGCUGUAUUCUGUGAGUCUUCUAAAGGCAGUUAAUGGACAGCUAUCUCUUUGCCCUUCAUCACCCGUCAUGUCAAGGCCCCCACCCAGCCAAGCACAGUUUGUUCCAGCAGCAGUGCUGAUAUGAAGACCAGCAAAGAUAACUGAGAUACUGAGGGCUCCAGCUAUAGAAAUGGUACGCAUAAAUGUUCGCAUAAUCAGCUGGACCCAAGUGGCACCUUACCCAUUCCUGUUGUGACUAGUUGUAGAAUCAACAAAAUGAUCUACACUUCCACUGCAAACCUGUCAAAUUUGAUACCUAUUCCCUGUCAACCAAAAUCAGCCUUGAGGUCUGUCAGUAACACUAACACCAUAAAACUAGCCCUCCUUUUUAGUUAAUGAUCUAAUUAGUACUUAUAAACUUGAUUUUGUGAUUUUAACGGAAACGUGGUUAGAAAAAAGUAACAGUGCAACCAUUCUCAUUGAGACAGCCCAUCCUAACUUUAACGUUAUGGAUUAUGUCGGUCUGGGUCAAGACGAGGAGGAGGAGUCGCUGUUUUAUUCAAUAAUAUAUUUCAGGGCAAACAGACAACAUUUGAUGAUUUUCCAUCUUUUGAAUAUAUUUCUGCAGUUUUGAAAUGUUCCCCCCAAGUUCUGCUAGUAAUUAUUUACAGGCCACCAAAAUAUUCUCACAACUUCUUUGAUGAUUUUACAGAAUUACUGUCUAUUAUUUCCACUGAUUUUGACUAUAAUAUUCAUAUUGAUAAUUCUAAUGACAAUGGUGCUAAGAAUUCUUUGUUAUUUUGGACACAUUCGAUUUGUCUCAGCAUGUGAAAGGGCCCAUGCACAGCCGGGGGCACACUUUGAUUAUCACAAAGGGUCUCAAUAUCUCUAAUGUUUCUGUCAUUGAUCCUUCCUUAUAUGACCAUUUCUGUGUUUUCUUUGACAUGUCUUUUAUUCCUGACAUCCAUAUUAACUCAAACGGUAUAUCAAUAAAAAUACUGGUGCACUUUUUAAAAAUAUGAUACAUUACCACCUCUCGCCUUAAGCUCUGCUAAUUAUCUUGUAAAUAACGUUAACUCUAAACUUGGGAAUGUUAUCGAUACCAUUGCACCUCUUAAGGUUAAAUCAUUUUCUGGCAAGCAAAGAGCAUGGAGAAAUGCUGCAUCUGUAAAAGUCCAGAAAAGAGAAAGCUGUAAAGUUGAACCUAAAUGACACAAAACAAAAAUACAUGUAUAUCUUGACAUAUACAAGGAGAGCCUCCGUGCUUACAAUUUAGAUGUGAAAAGUGUCAUUAACAAUAGCAUUAAUAAUGCACAGACCCUAUUUGCAACUGUCGAGAGGCUGACCCCCCCCCAAACGCAAACAAACCCUGAACUCCUAUCCACAUCCAUUAAUGCAAUGAGUGUGCAUCCUUUUUCACUAACAAAAUUUUACAUAUUAGACAAGCCAUCAAUACUUCCAUGUCAAAUAAAACUGUUGGAUCUGUACCAUGUUUAUAUAAAAGUAAUAUGGAAAGGUUGAUACAGUUUAAUACCAUAGACUACAAAACUCUUGAUGAAACAGUGAGACAACUUAAGCCAUCCAUUUGCUACCUCGAUGCUCUACCUACGAGCUUCUUUAAGAACGUAUUUGACUGCCAGGUGAUAGACGUAUUGGAAAGAGUAAACCUCUCUGCAAUCGGAUAACUUUACAAAGGCUCUGAAAACUGCAGUUAUUAAACCUCUUUUAAAAAAACGGAGCCUAGAUGCCUCUAUCAUUAACAACUACAGACCAAUAUCAAAUCUACUGUUCAUAGGUAAAAUCAUUGAGAAAGUUGUAUUACAGCAACUUAAUUACUUCUUAGUCUCAACAGGUUGCUAUGACAACUUCCAAUCAGGAUUUCGACCCCUCCAUUGCACCGAAACUGCUCUUAUUAAAGAUCUAAAUGAUAUUUGUUUUAGCACUGACUGUAAAGCUUCAAUACUGGUGUUACUGGAUCUCAGGGCUGCAUUCAACACUGUCGACCACUCAAUUCUUUUGGACAGGUUGGAAAAUUGGGUUGGGCUUUCCGGCACAGUCUUGGGCUGGUUCAAGUCCUAUCUACAUGACAGGAACUACUUUGUUUCAAUUAGCAAAUAAUUAUCUGAGCUAACUAACGUUACAUGUGGAGUCCCCCAAGGUUCAAUCCUGCGGCCGUCUCUAUUCAACCUCUACAUGCUCCCGCUAGGCCCAAUUAUGCAAAACAACAAUAUCGCUUACCAUAGUUAUGCUGACGACACUCAACUCUAUAUAGCUCUAUCACCAAAUGACUAUCGUCCUAUAGAUUUGCUGUGCCAGUGCAUUGAACAAGUCAAUGACUGGAUGUGCUAGAAUUUCCUUCAACUAAACAAGGACAAAACGGAGAUUAUUAUUUUUGGUGCCAAGUAAGUUAGACUAUUGUAAUGGUCUCUUUUCAGGUCUCCCUAAAAAGGUGCUUAGGCUGCUACAGCUUGUUCAGAAUGCUGCUGCAAGAGUCCUAACAAAAACUAAAAACUUUGAGCACAUUACACCAAUUCUCGAAUCUCUUCAUCGGCUCCCGGUGUGCAAAAGAAUUGAUUUCAAAAUUCUGGUGCUCACCUAUAAAUCACUAAAUUGUUUAAUACAUCACUAAACUGCUUGUACAAUAUUAACCCUCUAGACCCCUCAGGUCAUCCGGACCGGUCUGCUAACUGUUCCCAGAGUCAGGACAAAACGUGUGGAGGCAGCGUUUAGCUACUACGCAACGAAUACCUGGAACAGACUUCCAUAGGAUUUGAAACUUGCACCAAAACUUAUCACCUUUAAAUCUAGGCUGAAGACGUUUAUGUUCACCAGUGCCUUCUGCUAAUCUGCAAACUUUGCACUUUAAUUUCUGACAAUAUAGCGUCUUUAUAAUUGAAACAUUUGUUCUUACUCUUAUAUUCUUUUAAAUAUCUUUUCAUGCAUUGUUUUUAAAUCCUGUUUUAUUGUAUGACAUGUUUUUUUUAUGUAAAGCACAUUAGGUCUGCCUCGUUCAUGAAAUAUGCUACAUAAAUAAAGUGCCUUGCCUUCUUGUAGUUUGUACAAUUUCUGUCACAAACUUUACAAUAAUCAGAAUACAAAAUCUUUCAAGAAUUUAAAUUGUGUCUCAUGUGAUGUUUUCCAAUUUUUGUGUGUGUAUUAGGGCAUGUAAAGCUCUGGUGAUGUUUACAGACAAUCAAACCUUGCCUAUAAUUAAAUUUCACAAUAGUGUCUUACAAUCA